CGUCUUCACUUAUUACAAUACACAUUACGAAAUCGCUCUAAUGAUAUUUUUCUGUAAUAUCAUUUCCGCUCACAUGGCGAGAUCAUUUCGGCCGAUUGCUGGAUGCCGUUAUUCCAGUACGAAGAGUGAUAUGCAAGAAUUCUACAAGGGCAAGAAUAUUUUCAUCACAGGAAGCAGCGGUUUUAUGGGAAAAGUUCUACUGGAAAAGAUAUUGGCAUCAUUUCCUGACGUUGGCCAUGUCUACGUCUUGAUUAGGGGAAAGAAAAAUCAAACUUUUAGCGAUCGUCUUCAAAAGUUGUGCAGUGAACCAAUCUUUACGAAAUAUAAACGUGUCGACGCCAAAAACCUUUCCAAAAUCGUUGGCAUCGAAGGUCAUUUUGGGGAUCAUGGACUGAACAUAUCUGAAAAAGAUCGAAAAACACUCACCGAGCAAGUUAAUAUCAUUUUCCAUGUUGCAGCUACUGUCCGCUUUGAGGAGCGCCUAGAUAUUCCAAUGAAAUCUAUUUUCAUCGGAACCAAAUCCAUGUUGUCGCUAGCCAAUGACCUAAAGCAGUUGUCCAGUUUUGUCUAUGUUUCAACGGCCUAUUCGAAUUCCAACCUAUUGAUGCCAGAUGAAAAGGUUUACGAUAUGAAAACAGAUGGCGAUACUAUAUUGUCACUAUACGAACAUAAUACCAAAGAGGAUGUGGACAAAAUCGUUCGCGAAAAAUAUUUCGAUGGUCGUCCGAACACAUAUUGCUUCACUAAAGCGAUCACUGAACAAUACAUUCAGAAAUACUAUCGUCAUUUGCCAGUUACAAUAGCACGACCAUCGGCCGUCGCUGGGGCUCUUUAUGAACCUGAACCCGGAUAUUGUGACAGUCCUGGAGCUAUCAGCUUUGGCAUCAUUUAUCAAGGACUCGGUGUAUGUCGGUAUUUCCCGUUCAAGGAGGCAGCCCUAGUAGAUAUUGUUCCUGUAGAUAUUGCGAUCAACAGCUUGUUGAUAGUUGCACGUGAAGUUGGAUUGCAAGCCGUUCCCGUUACAAAUGUCUACAAUGUUUCGUCUACAUGGCAUUGGCCACUUACAAUGAAACAGGUCAUCGAUUGUAAGCUGAAAGCAUUUAUGAGAUCACCACCCGCUACAGCAUUACGACCGUUCUCGCGUAGAACGACGGAAGUUUCUCAAUUCGAAGGGAAGCUGAUCAAUUACUUUUCGGAAAUGCUCGUUGCUAUCAUAACGGAUACGAUAGCGAAGAUUCGUGGAAAAAACAGUCGAGUGGUGAGACUAACUCGAUUUACUCAGUCGAUAAGGGAUGAACAAGCCGAUUUCUUUAAAAAAUCGUGGGCUUUCCCCAGGAAAAAUAUGGAUGAUGCAGUUGCUCGGUUAUCGGAAAGAGAUCGAGAAUUGUUUCCAGCGAUUCCGAUUGUCAAGUGCAAUGACGAAUACUUUUACCGCUAUUGGAUGUCAUUGCGUGAAAUGGUGAUUGGAGAGAAGCCAGAUAACAUCGAUGAAGCACAUAGGCAGCAAAAAAGACUUGCAAUUCGAUUGGUAGCUCUUCCCUUUGUUACGGUCACAACAUUUGUAAUGAUGAUAACUGGAGUAUAUUAUUUUUGAGAUAAUUUGUAAUUUGCAGUGUUUUUACGUAAGGUUUUCGUUUGUCAAUAAAUUUAAAAAAAAACCGAAACCUCAUUGAAAAU